AUGUGCAUCUUUUUCUCAGAGAGGUCAACAACAUCCGCACUCAGAGCAACAACAACCUCUCUUCUCCACGUAUUGGCAGCAAUUGUCCCCGCUUCUUUCCUAUCUUGCAUUCACUCUUCCAAUGUGUUCAGCAACUUCUUUGGGCAACCCACAACACUGGCGGGUCUGCGGUUGGCCGGGGCAGGUCACCCCAGUGUUCCUGCCAAUUUAGUCGACACGGAACCCAUUCACUUCUUCCUUUGCAACACCUUUCCUUGCGCUGAUUCUGUUUCCCCCUCGAUGACAGUCUUCUACUUCUCCCACACAUCGAAAGGACUUAAUCCAUUCAUUUCAUCUCCGGCUACUACUCGUGUCUCUUCAUCACCCCUUGUUUCUUAA